CCAGGGAACGGCAUGCAAGAGGCAGCUAGGAUGGAUACACCACCAGUAAACGGGCUGGCAGGAAUGGGAGGAGUAGUGGGAGUGGUAGGGGGAGGAGGGGCAACGACGCCCAGCGGAGGAGGGAGAGGAGGAGACCCCGGGACUUCGUCGCAGUGGGGUUAUUACCAAGGCCAAGGGGACCUGUACCUCAAGCACGUUCAACAAUAUCCCAUGUGGCAACAACCUAUGUCGGGAGGUUCGCCAUAUGGAUACUGGGCGAGACCAGGGUACACAGGGAUGUAUGGGCCAAACCCAUCUCCAGGAUACGUAAACUAUAUGUCAGGGGACGGGACAGCAGGGCAACUCCAAGGAGCAGGGACGGCACAGCCGAGGUUCAUGGAGGAAAGCAGAGUGAAGGAAGUGGCGGUAGACUAUCAGGGAAUGCUGGGGAGGGGGCAGGGACAAGCGGGAACAUCGCAUUCUUCGAGUGCAGAGUCAAGGCAAGUUCAGGGAGUGGAAGGGGAAGGCGCGUACGUCAUUCCAGACGGUGUGGAAACAAGAAAUGCAAAGGUUGAAGAACACGAGGAGAAAUUUAUCUUACCGCUGGUUUGCACCAUGCUGGGUCCAGAGGCCUUUAUUUUAGGCCUGAUUCAUAGGAACGGUCAAACUGUCCUGCCAGCGUCACCAAUAAACGGUAUCCCAGGCCCGGACCUGGUGGAAGCGAGUGUUAGACAGAUGUAUGCAGAUAGGCUCUGCUUUCGCCUGUUCCCUGACGAAAUAAUUCCGAAGAUCACGAUCGACACUCCGGCAGGAAAGCGUAUCAAAUUCUAUAUCGCUAUGGUUGACGCCCGCAUUCCGGUACCACAUUGGGCGGGUCUCCCAGAAAUGGGACUUACCUGUAUCCCACUUCGGGUCCUGCUGGAGGAAACUUCGAUGGAACUGACGAAUGUGCUGGUGGAACCAGGGGUAGCAGCGGACUUCCUAAGAGCCUUGAACGAGAGAAUGCCGCUGGACAGAAACCUUGAAUCGGGCUACAUCCAAGAAGUGCUGCAGGAAACCUGGCAGUUGGAGUCACCAGCCGCGGAAGGAACUCAUCGGGAGGAACCAGUCAUAGAGCAUAUCCAAGUAUCAAUUCCUCCGGAGGGAAAUAAUGGUCAAGAUUAUAAUUGCAACUUGGAAUGUGCAGGGGCUCGGAGACAUCGGGGGGAGGCAGAAGGGGCGGAGGUUGAAAGCAUGGAUACACGACCAAAAGGCUGACGUCACCUUCAUCCAAGAAACAAAGCUUUCGGAAAGCA